AUGGUAGAACUUCCAGGAGAGAAGGAGUUUACAGGAGACCCAGACCAAGCCUGCAAAUCUUUCUGUGAUGUCCCUAAUGAAAGGGUUUUUAAAAUUCGGACUGCCCCGCAGUCGCAGCCAGUUCGGCUUCAACGGACUUCCAACCCUCAGCAGGAAACAAACUCUGCAGAACGCCAACAUCAACCUGGGGUGGAUUACCCAGAUGUACCAGAUGUAUAUACCACUGUAUUAAGAGCCAAUAAAAAUAGUAAGAAGCUUUUACUUCAAGGUGAUAUAGCUUACAAGAUCGGACGCAAUGCUCUGAACUGCACAGACUGCCUAUGGCCCAAAUCCAAUAGCGGCAUUGUGAAUGUGCCAUAUGUUUUAUCACCUGAUUACGAUGUCAAUGAGGUAUCUAUAAUCACUGCAGCUAUGGAAGAAUUUAAGACCCUGACAUGCGUGAAGUUUAUUCCUCAAACUGUAGAAACAGACUAUCUGGAUAUUAAGCAAGAUUCUGGUUGCUGGUCCAUCAUUGGAAUGACUCAUGGAGCUCAGACCGUAUCUCUGAGGAAGGAUGAAUGCAUUAGUCAUAGAACUGUCCAGCACGAGUUGAACCACGCUUUGGGCUUUGUUCACGAGCAAUGCAGAAGUGACAGAGAUGACUAUGUCACCAUCAUGACACAAUAUAUAUCACCAGGAGACAUAAGUAACUUUGAUAAGCAGGACACAAAUAACCUUGGUGUUCAAUAUGACUAUUCAUCACUAAUGCAUUAUCCACGCUAUGCAUUUAGUAACACAUCAGGGCAAGAUACUAUAGUACCAAAACCUGACCCAAAUGUUCCUAUUGGCCAGUCUUAUGGAUUAAGCAAUUUGGAUGUUCUUAAAAUUAACCGUCUAUAUGAGUGCGAUAUCUGUAGCAGUUUGAUUUCUUCCCACACUGGAACAGUGACUUCAGAAAAUUAUCCAUCUGCAUAUCUGAAUAAUACUAAUUGCUUAUGGCUUAUCCGCAUCCCAGCUAAUAAGGUUUUCCUGACAUUUGAAGCAGUUGAUAUCCAGCCCUCCACAAACUGCAUGUCAGACUAUGUUAAAGUAUAUGAUGGAGCCAGCAAAACCUCUCCAGUUCUCCUUGAUAAAACCUGUGGUUCCGGAAUGUUGCCCUCAUUUAUAUCAUCCAGUAAUUCAAUGCUUCUGGAAUUUGUUAGUGAUGGAGCCGCUACCGCAACUGGAUUUAAAGCUUCAUACACUGAAGUUUACUGUGGUGCCAUAAUUAAUUCCGCACCUGGGGUUAUAACAUCACCGGGAUACCCCAAUCUAUAUCCACCUUCUGUUGACUGUUUCUGGAUUAUAACUGCUCCCCCACAGAAAACGGUUUUAAUAUAUUUUAAUGUCUUUAACCUGGAGACAUAUACUUACUGCAGGUACGACUAUGUCCGUAUCUAUGAUGGAAAAACAACGUCCUCUCCACUUAUUGGAACAUUCUGUAGCAAGAGAUCAUUCAACAUUGCAUCAUCUGGUACCUCUAUGCUAAUAAAGUUCCACAGUGACAAUACAAAUCAGUAUACUGGAUUUCAGGCUUCAUAUACUUUUUGUAAGAGUAUUAAAUUACCCUCUUUAUUGUCCUUGUCAGAAGUCUGGGUGAAGCUGUCAGACCUAGGAAGCUGUGACCUUCAGGACCCUGGAGGAUAA